AUGGCAUCAGGAAGAGCUUGGAGCUUUCGAGCGGGGGCAGUGUGGUUAUUAACCGGUAUUGCUGCUGCUAGUCCGACUGUCAAGGUCCUUAAUGGCACGUAUGAAGGCCUCCAUUUACCGCAAUUCGGACAAGAUGUAUUUCUCGGUAUCCCUUAUGCCCAGCAUACUGGAGGCCAAAAUCGCUUCAGAGUUCCGCAAGCGCUCAACGAGACGUGGAAUGGAACACGCCCCGCUCAGACAUACAGCGAUGCCUGUCCUGACUUCCAGCCGAAUGCUGAUGCGGCAUAUGGGAUGAGUGAAGACUGCCUUAGUAUCAACAUUGUUCGGCCGACUGGGAUACCAGAGAAUACCACUUUGCCUGUUGCUGUGUGGAUCCAUGGUGGCUCGUACCAGGUUGGCACAAGUGGGCUUCCAAAUUACAACUUGACGUGGCUUGUGGAGCGAUCUGUGGCGAUAGGUAAGCCCAUCGUCGCAACAAGCAUCAACUACAGGAAGGGAGGAUGGGGGAUGUUAUAUUCUCGGGAGAUCCAAGGAAGUGGAGAAACGAAUCUGUCGUUGAGGGAUAUGCGAAAAGCCCUAGUGUGGAUCUCAGAAAACAUUGCGGGAUUCGGCGGUGACAAAGACAGCGUUACAAUCUGGGGAGAAUCCGCCGGCUCGUUCGCUGUCGGCCAACUCGUUCUUUCCUACGGCGGACGAACAGAUGGGCUCUUCCAUCGUAGCAUUCAGGAAUCUGGAUCAGCUGCAACAGCUUGGUACAAUGGCUCCGACUGGUAUCAGCCCAUCUACGACAAGAUCGUGCGACAGACGAACUGUACCGACUGGCCCGACACACUAUCUUGCCUCCGCACCAUCCCCUACGAAACCAUCUUCCCCUUCCUCGAUUCCUCCAAAGUCGGCGGACCAGGUUUCUACCCCACAGUCGACGGCGACAUCAUCCCAAACUAUCCCACCGAGCUCCUCCACUCCGGCCGCUUCGCCCACAUACCCCACCUCUACGGCUCGAACAGCGACGAAGGAACCGACAAUGCACCAACGAAGAUCUUCAACACAGACCAGGAUAUCUACGAUUACCUCCUCGGCAGCACAGGCUAUGAUUUCCCUCCCAGUGUCGUACGAAAGAUAAUGGAGCUUUACCCAGAUGACCCAGCCCAGGGCAUCCCACUCAAUACAGGUGCAGAGCGCUUCGCAGAGCAGGGUUACCAGUACAAACGCGCAGCUGCUAUCAUCGGAGAUGUGUUCUACCACGCUACUCGCCUAGAUGACGCCCGUCAGUACGCAAAGUACUCACCUACCUACACCUAUCGCUUUAACACGCGGCCGUUUGUGAACGCUACGAACGCCACUUUUACCGAUUACGUGGGCGGACUGGCGCCUGCGUACAAGGGUGUGCAGCAUUUCAGUGAAGUCGCGUUCAUCUUUGGGAAUCCGCAAUUCGUAGGGCCGUGGGAGGAGUACAAGGCGUUGAGUGAUCAGAUGAGUGCGCAGUGGGUUCACUUUAUUAAUGGGGGCGAUCCGAACGGAGAGAGUUUGCCGGAGUGGCCGAAAUACAGUGAGGGAUCGCAGGGUUUAAAUUUGGUGAUCCAGGCGCAGGGGAGGGGAUACAACGGGAGUUAUGUGGAGGAAGAUACGUAUCGUUUGGCAGGGAGGGAAUAUCUCACUAAGUGGGCGAGGAGGAGGCAUGUAUAG